UUCUCCUAAUAUUACAAUCAAUAACUAAAAAAAAGCGAAAAAAAGCUGAAAAAAAAGAUAAUAAAUCAGAGAAAUAUUGUAAUGGAAAAACAAGAAGUGUUAACAUUAGAGUUGAAGGAAACAGAGCUUAGUUUAAGAUUACCAGGUGUUUUGGAUGAUAAAAUGGUACUCAAAAGAAGGUUUUCUGAUACUUGUUUGGAUUUGAAUCUGGGUAUGGAGGAUUCUAAUGCUAACAAACUUCCUAGAAAUGGUGAUGUUGAUGAAGUCCACAAGCCUUGUCCUCCUAAAACCCCCCCUAAUAAGACACAAUUGGUAGGAUGGCCACCAGUAAGAGCAAGCAGAAAGAAUGUAAUAGGAGGAGUAAUAAAAAGUUCAAAAUAUGUGAAGGUAGCAGUAGAUGGAGCUCCUUAUCUUAGAAAACUUGAUCUUCAAUUAUACAACUCUUAUCAACAACUCUUAAAAGCUUUGGAACUCUUGUUUUCUUCCUUUACUAUUCGUAAUUUCUUCAAUGAUGGUAAUUAUUUAAUGGACCCGAUUAAUGGAUCUGAUUAUGUACCAACUUAUGAGGAUAAAGAUGGGGAUUGGAUGAUGGUUGGAGAUGUUCCCUGGAAGAUGUUUGUUGAAUCAUGCAAACGAAUCCGGUUAAUGAAGAGUUCAGAGGCUGUUGGGCUAGGGUCAGUAUCACCUUUUAUGGAUAACUAGCUAUUGAAGUUAAAGGAAGUCUCAUGUGACAAAUUUUGAAAAUUUGAAGAACUGCAAUACAUUCGCAUAUAAAUUCAGCUCUCUUAAAUAAAAAUUAUUUUUUUAACAUAAAAAACCAUAGUCAUAAAUCCUUGUUUAUGCUUUUAAGAUCGGAUUUAGGCAUGAGAGAUUGGAAAGUAAUUAAUCUAAGCUUAUUAGCUUCAAGUUAGUAUAAACAAUACUCAACUAUGAACAUUUCCUUAGCUUAAGUAUAGGAACAUAAAAGUAGGACGUUUUUACGGGCCGGGUUUGAUGAUCCAUGUUUUGUGUCUUGUGUUUGUUGUUUUAUUUUUUUACAUCUAUGACUUAACUAUAUGAAGUUCUUUGAUUUGUAUUAAUAACUUAUUAUGGUGUUGUUGAUAGCAUGUACAAAUUAUUAACAUAAAUUUUUUUAUGCUUUUUCUGUUUUUUAA